AUGUUAAGAAACAAUCUGACAUCACACUGUCAAAUUAAAACGUUUUUAAAAACGAUUAUUUACUUAAUAGUAACCUUUUGUUUUUUAUAUAUAGCUGAAGGUUUGGUCGUACCAAAUAAUUCCUUAGAGUAUGUAAGACGACAAUCGGGACAUGGAUCCAGGGAAGUGGAUUUGGGCGAAAUCAAACAUCAUGUAUUUAUUUGUUAUCUUCACAAUAAAUGGAAGUUAAUAUAUAAAGCCUUCUGCUCAGGAAGUAUUAUUACUGAAAGAAGGGUGCUUACAUCUACACACUGUUUUCUUACAAACAGAAAAAGAAGAAAACGUAACUUCAAUAAAUUAAGAAUAGCGGCUGGUCUGUUGACUACUUUCGCGAAGCAACCGAUAUCAGAUGGAAAUCAGCAAUGGAGAUCUAUCGGACAUCUUUAUACCCAGCGGUUUUAUAGAUUCCCUGCGUAUAACUUGGCUGUAGUUGAAGUAGAUACGCCUUGGGUAAUGAAUGAUAUUGUCAAUAAAAUUCCGUACACUAAAUGGAACCAAAAUUUUGAUGGGCUUUGUACAGGGAUAGCCUUGAAAUCUACAACGAGUUGGUCGCAAUCAAAGACACUACAUAAGGUCUCCUUAACAAUUAUCGAAAAAAUUAGUUGCGAGCACAGAUUAUUAAGAAAUUGUGAUCUGUAUUAUUGCACCAAGUACGAUGUUAUGAAGUUGACUUCAACAGCAGCUGAAGGCGGUGGACUGGUUUGUCAUGGAACGGAAGACCCAUUAGAAGACCCACAUUUGGGAGUUUUAGUUGGUGUAACAUCACUCAUUAACAUAGGACUGCCUUCUUUACAUAACAGGAUUGGCCUGUACUAUCAGUGGGUCACGGAUAAUCAGACACACGCCAAAUUGAGCUCCUAUGUUGUCUUAACUUAUAUUCUAGUAUUUUUUUGAAACUGAUAUAAAAAAAAAACGAAA